AUGACUGCAAUAUCUCAGCUAUCGACCACAAGCUCUACCAAUGAUUUCCUUGAUGCGAAGAUUGAGAGCAUCUCGGCCGAUCUCGCUGUCAAUAGCAAGUUCAAAGACUAUUUUGAAAACGCCAAAAAACGCAAGGCCCUAGCCGAUGAAGAUUAUGACGAUGCCGUAAAAGAAUUAGAGUUGGAAGUUAACCAAAAGGAGCGAGAGUUAAUAACUCUCAGGCGCCAGAAGAAGAUAAUCUCGGAUGAUAUUGAUGAAGUUUUGCCACAAUACUCUACUGUCGAGGGUGCAUACUCUUCUGUGUUGAUGGCGAAGAUCAUGUCCGCGUCUGGCAAGCAGAGAAAAGGAAAGAAAUUCGAUCAGAGUGCAUAUUCAAAGGCGGUACUUUCAUUCUACGGUGCAAUACGACGUACAGAUUCUGGAUUGGUUGAAAAAUAUUGUCAUCUCACUGGAUGGCAGCCCGAGAAACACGUCAAGUGUGCCCAUCUGGUCCCGAAAUCCCUCGAGUCAGACGAGCUUGCAUAUCUCUUUGGCGUUCGUGAAACUGUUCUAUCUGAGCCUCGUAAUAGAAUUACACUUAAUACGGUUAUUAAAGGCGGCUUAGAUAAUGGUUGGAUUGUGCUCGUUCCCAACAAGCCGAAGACCGGAGAAGAACCUGUUUGGCGAUGUGUGUUGGUUGAUCAUUCGAUUGCCUCCAAUAUGAUUAGUAUUGGACUAAAGUGGGGAGACAUCGAUGGAAAGACUCUCGAAUUCCUCACACCUAACCGACCAGCUCGCAGAUAUUUAUAUCUUCGAUAUGUAAUCACCUUUUUACACCAACAGAAGCUGGGAAAUGUAGAAUGGCUGCGUCGUGUUGAGGCAAGAGGUUACGUCUGGGCUACACCAGGCCCAUACCUUCGAAAAUCAAUGCUGCUCACUCUAGCAAGGCGAAUCUCUGACCAGUUUUUACCCGAAGUGUUCUAUGACUCGACAUUCACAAUUGUAGACGGUUGCCCGCAGCGCAGCCCAGAAGAUGAAGAGGACCUCGCUAUGGGAUUUGAUCAUAAGAUACAGGACGCUCUAGCUGAAAUCGGUGGAGACGAAGAAGGAAGUGGAGAUGAUGAGGAAAGUGGAGAUGAUGAGGAAAGUGGAGAUGAAGGAAAUAAUGAUUAA